AUGGGUUUCGAUAUCAACCGCUUCCGGGAGUCGGAUAUCAAAGCGGAGUUCAUUUGUCCCAUUUGUCGGGACAUCCUCGAGGAUCCCCUACUCGUCCAGACCUGUGAACACGUCUUUUGCCGGAACUGUAUCGACCAAUGGCUACGGGAAAGCCAACAAAAGUCGUGUCCCAUCGACCGGCAAGAGAUCAGCGAUGAAUCGCUGAGACCUCCGCAGCGGUCGUUCAAGAAUCUGAUCCAAAGUCUACUGAUUUCAUGUGAUUUUGUGGCCAAUGGGUGUCAGGAAUGGAUCAAAAUCGACGAACUGCCCGCCCAUACCAGUGCCUGUAAUUACAAUCCAGUGAUUAUGGUUCAAGAGAUUGAAUGCCCGGCUAAUUGCGGGGCAAUAGUCAGACGGUGUGACAGUACUGAUGACCACAAUUGUGUGAUAUAUCUCAAGAAAAUCAUUGACAGCAAUAGGGAUAGUAUGGAAGAGUUGUGUCAAGAGAACAAACGCCUGACCGAUGACAAUAGGGAUAGUAUGGAAGAGUUGUGUCAAGAGAACAAACGCCUGACCGAUGAGUUCAAUGCCCUUAAGACCAAAUAUAAUCACCUGAAGGACGAGUACGAGGAGGCGAUGAAUCAAUUGAAACACUUUUGCAUAGAAAACAAGAAGUUUUCCAUAGAUUUAGCAAAUAGUGAACAGAAACUAUCAGACAAUACGGAAAAUCUCUGCAAAUUAAACGAAAACAAUGCCUCGAAAGUGGUAACCAUUGAGACACUGAAGACCAAAGUGGAAAGUCUUCAGAAAAACAACGAGACAUUGAUUCAGAUGUUGAGCACACGGGACACCACCACCGCCACUGAUUCCAAUGAUAACUGCCAUCAAAACUAUAGCUCAGAGCUAUUAUCACUCAUGAGUGCGGGCGAGAAAUCACCACAAAUAGAGGGAACAAUCUCUGGUGACAUCACAAUCACCACAUCCAUGGAGAACAAACAACUGGUCGACGCUCUCAUCAAUAGACACCAAUUGUCUAACCGUCGAGUGAUCACAGCUAUGCUGUCCAUAGACAGGGGUCUGUUUGCUCCCUCGGCGGUCAGCUAUGCCUUACACCACAUCCGGUCCGUAGGCUACGGCGCCCAUACGGGUCCGGCUACCUAUGAGGCAGCCCUACUCCAGUUCCUCGAGCCGCACCUGACCCCCAGUUGUAAAGUGCUGGAUAUCGGGUCGGGAACUGGAUAUCUGACAGCUUGUAUCGCAUCUAUGGUCGGACCCAAGGGUCGAGUGAUUGGUGUGGAGCACAUCCCACAGUUGGUCCAGCAGUCCAUCGAAACCACUGACAAACACUACCCGCAGCUGAAAGGGUCGGGCGUUAUGAAGAUAUACUUAGGGGACGGCAGGUUUGGACACUCAUCUGAGGGACCCUAUGAUCUCAUAUUCAUUGAGCCGCUGACAAGACGUGUGCCGCAGAAGCUGGUCGACCAGUUGAGGGCCGGCGGCAGGAUUGUGGUGCCUAUCGGUGCCCGAGAAAAGGACAUCAAUCUGGAGCUGUUCACCAAACAGGCCAACGGAGAGGUGGUCCGACUCGUGCUGUGCGAUGAUUGGCUGACCAAAAAGGACAUCAAUCUGGAGCUGUUCACCAAACAGGCCAACGGAGAGGUGGUCCGACUCGUGCUGUGCGAUGAUUGGCGGCUAAUGCAAGAGAAUACACCGGAUCUGCUCGAAGACCGGAAGUUGCAGUUGAGGUCCGGUUGGAAGCUUAGGCUCGGCUUCUGA